AUGGUGGAGGUGCGCCUCCUCCCCUGCAGACAUGCUUCAUAUGUUCUGGUCCUGCCCGAGACUGAUGUCCGUUUGGACUCAGGGGUUGAUUCUGAGUGGCAAGUGACUUGCCCUGCGACAUUGAAGAGCGUCCCAGGUUCUUGUGUCUACAUCCCAUGCACUUUUGACUACCCUGGUAGUGUCAGGACUGACAAAGGCAUUGAUAAUAUCUGGUACAAGGACUUUGAUGGCACUCGGAAGAUGGUCUACCAUCCGAGAGAUCAACCAGACACUGAGUUUGUUGGACGGGUGGAAUUCUUGGGAGACGCUUCAAAGAAAAACUGCACACUCCUUGUGAAAAACAUUAAGAAAAAUGAUGUGGGAAACUAUAUAUUCAGAUUUGAGAUCAUAAAUGCGGAUAGAUGGAUGGACAAGAAUGGAGCCAGACUUGAGGUGACAGAUAAUCCCCUUCCACCUGAAGUGGUGGUCCCACCACAAAUAAACGAAGGUGCUUCGGUGACUUUUCAGUGCUCAACACCAUACUUUUGUCCAGACGACCUAGUGACACUAAACUGGCAGGGCUACCCGCCAGAGAGAUCAUUCUUGUCUAAGGAUGUGCGUAUGGACACAACUACUGUUCUUAUGACGCAACAGCUGACAACCAGCUUUACAUGGAUGGAACAUAAGAAGACAAUUUUCUGUGCAGUGUCUGCCGGAGCCCAAACUGCAGUGAGGGAGGUUACCCUCGAUGUCAAACAUUCUCCCAAAAACGUGAGCAUCCUCCUCCGUUCUCCAGGGGACAAUAUUAAACAGGGUGAUUCUGUGAUCCUGACCUGCCAAGUAAACAGCAGCAACCCAGCAGUCUCCAAAUACAUUUGGUACAAGGAUGGUCAGGAGUUUUCCAAAGAGCCUUCCCUGACUUUUCACAGCAUCUCCAGGACCGACCACGGAGAAUAUAGAUGUGAAGUUUACAACUCCCUUGGAAAUGCAUCUUCAGACACCAUGCGGGUUAUCAUCUUCUCUGCAAGGACAGAGGUGAGUCCAUCCCCUGAUGUAAAAGAAGGGACUUCCGUGACCCUGACAUGUGACGUUCCUGCACUCAGACUUGAUGAGGUCCAAUACAGCUGGUACAAGAACAACAUCUUGAUGAAGACAGUUUCCAUGAGGUCUCUGGUGUUCCAUGAAGCUGCUAGCAGUGAUUCCGGUUACUAUUACUGCACAGUGCAAAACGACAAAGGAAGUGACUCCUCCCCACCAGUUCUACUAAACAUAAUAUAUCCUCCAAGAACUCCAGUCCUCACCUCAUUCCUGGAGACCCAGCAGGGGAGCCUGGCCAUGGUUCACUGUACCGUAGACAGCAAUCCUUUCUCAGAGCUGGCAUUGUACAAAGACAGGGUCCUCAUCGCCGGUUCUCCCUUCCACUGGGAUCCAAAACAAAGGAUCCAGGUGACCUCCAUGAAGAAUUCUCUGAGCAUAGAGAUCCAGGAUGUGACGUUAUCUGAUGAAGGGACAUACAGCUGCAUUGCCAACAAUUCCAUCGGCAACUCAACCGCAAGUGCCAAACUCAUUGUAGAAACGAUAAGAGUGGUGGUAUCGCCAUCUGCGGAAGUAGAAGAGGGGAAAGAAGUCAGUCUGACUUGUGUGGCUACAAGAGGCUCUGAGAAGGGAAGCGUUUACACCUGGUUCAAGAAUGACAAGUGGUUGAGGGAGGACUCAGAAGGGAACAGCCUCACGUUCCGCAGAGUCUCAACCCAGGAUUCUGGAUUCUAUUACUGCAGAGCCCACAAUACUCAGGGCAGCAGCACCUCACGGCCAGUGACUUUACACGUCUUAUAUCCCCCCAGACACCUCUUGCUAACAUCACUUGUGUCAAGCCAUGACCCGCUGACGGCCAUUAUCCUGUGUACAGUGGACAGUGAUCCUCCGUCACUAUUGUUCCUAUACAGAGAAGAUACACUGGUAGCUGCCAGCUCGAAUGUUCAUUCCAACCAGAAAUUCAAAAUUCUGUCUUCUACCAACUCCUUACAACUGGAAAUCAAGAAUGUUGUACUGGAAGAUGAGGGGAUCUUUACCUGCAUGGCAAACAACACAUACGGCUCAAUAGCUUCUACAAUACAAUUCAACGCACCAACGGCAAAAAUUAUAGUUUCUCCAUCCACGUAUGUACAAGAAGGGCAAAACGUUACCCUCUCCUGCUUCUUGACAUGCUCCUCAGACACCGGAAAUGACACCUUCAGCUGGUAUAAAAAUAAUGCUCUGCUCACAGAAGAACAGGAGGCUGUUAUACACUUUGAACAUAUCACCAGUUCAGAUUCUGGGUCCUAUUACUGUGAAGCAUGGUGUGGUGAGAACAGCAAGAUCUCCGCCCCCGUCAGACUUCAGGUGGCAUAUGCUCCAAGAGGUAUACAGUUCAGGUCCUUCCAAGAGACUAAAGAGAGACGAACGGCUUUUAUACGCUGUACCGUAGACAGCUACCCUAUGGCUGAGAUGUUGUUGUAUAAAGGAGACCAGCUUGUAGCAUCUAGACCCACUGCAGACUCUUCCAAUGAGCGGAUCACAGUCUACGCGGUUCACAAUGAGUUGACUCUGAAUAUUAAUAACAUCAGGAUGGAGGAUGAAGGAAUGUACAACUGCUCUGCCAGAAACUCCAUCGGAUCUUCCUCAGAGACUUUACAUUUCAUUGCUCAGACCGCGAGAGUCCUGAUGAACCCAUCCACAGAGGUUUUGGAAGGAGUUCAGGUGACGCUGACAUGUGACACCUUGAAGGCCCAUUCGGGGGAGAUGGAAUACAUUUGGUACAAGAACAGCAGGUGGCUGGGAAAGACCAAUGACAACUCUCUGCAGUUUAACAGUAUAAAAAGCAGCGACUCUGGAUAUUAUCAUUGCCUGGCCCGUGACAGCCAUGACAGCAGCACUUCCCCUUCCGUAUCACUGCAUGUGUCAUAUGCCCCUAGACGGUUGGUCAUGUCGUCAUUUUGGGAAGCGUCUGGUGCACAGACUGGUAUUGUUCAGUGUUCGGUAGAUAGUGAUCCACCCUCCACGUUGGCCAUUUACUAUAGAAAUAUGUUGGUCGGCUCUUCCAAUUCCUCGGAAUCCUCCAGCCCUAGAAUUAAAAUUUCCUCUGCUCAAAACUUGCUUAAGGUGGAGAUCCAUCAGGUCAUGCUGGAGGAUGAGGGUCAGUAUGCUUGCACCGCAAUGAAUUCCAUUGGUCAAUCAAGAGCAGCUGUUAACUUCACGGCACAAACUGCCAGAAUCCUGGUCAGCCCAUCAUCGGCUUUGCGGGAAGGAGAGGCGGUAAAUAUGAGUUGUAUGGUGACCAGUGAAGCCUCGGAUGGAGCCAGCUACACGUGGUAUAAAAAUGGCCAUAAAUUCAUAAUCAACUCAAAAACAUUGUCAUUUGCCAGCGUUACCAGUGAAGACAGAGGAUCGUAUUACUGCAAUGUUGAGAGUCCUCAAGGGAGCAAAAGUUCUCCAUCUGUCACCUUGAACAUCCUGUAUGCACCAAAAAAUCUGCAAGUAAAGUCAUUUUUGGACACAGAGAAUGGUAAUGUUGCCAUCAUCCUGGGAACUGUGGACAGUAACCCACCGGCUGAAAUGUCUCUAUCUAAGGACGGGAAAAUGCUAGCUUCUUCCAUUGACGGCAGGACACCCAAUAAGAGGUUACAAGCCUACAUGUUCCCGGACACAAUGAGGUUGGAGAUCCGCAACAUCAAGACAAGUGACCAAGGAACCUAUGUCUUUGUGGCCAAAAACAGCCAUGGAAUGGCCCACGCCUCUGUGGCCUUCACUGUAGAAGGCGCCCGGGUCGUCAUCAGCCCCUCUGCAGAAAUGAAGGAAGGUGACUCUUUCACAUUGACCUGCCAUAUCCUGGAUGGUGGUGAGACUGUGCUUGGUUACACCUGGUAUAAGAACAACCGGUGGCUCCAGGAGGGCACUCUGGCCUCUGUAUUAUAUGAGAACAUAAGCAGUGAUGAUGCCGGGUCCUACUCCUGCACAGCCCAUAGUACCGGGGGCUCCAAGACCUCUUCACCCGUCUCCAUCACUGUGCUGUAUCCUCCAAGAAACCUCUUAAUGACGUCAUUCCUGGAGCUACAGGAGAGACAGCUGGCGGUGAUAUUGUGCCGGGUGGACAGUGUGCCUCCCUCUCGGUUGUCUCUUCUCAAAGAUGGGGAAGCAGUAUCAUCAGACGGAUUCGGUGACACCACCCAGCGCAUCAUAUUGUCCCUCACCCAUAACACUCUACGACUGGAGAUAAAAGAUGUGACAAUGGAGGACCAGGGGGAAUACACGUGUCAAGCUAAUAACUCCCUAGGAGCUCCAGAAAAAUCCAUACCCUUCUCUGUGCAAACUGCCAGGGUGUCAGUAAGGCCAUCAAGUGAGGUGGAAGAAGGCCACUCGGUGAAUCUCACGUGCCAGGCUCCCACGACUGAAAAUACUACGUAUACCUGGUACAAGAACAACAGGUGGCUCCAUGAAAGCUCCCAGAAGUAUCUGCUGCUGCCCAAAGUGUCCAGUUCAGAUACCGGUUCUUAUCACUGCUUGGCCAACCACUGGCGAGGAAACAGCGUCUCCCCUCUAGUGGGAAUAAGAGUCCUGUAUGGUCCUCGGAACCCGGUACUAACGUCAUACCUGGAAACACAAGGAAGCGGGAGAGCCAUUAUUAUGUGCCAGGCUGACAGUGACCCCCCAUCCACCAUUUUACUCAUCCGCAAUGAUAUCCAACUGGGCACCUCGGCACUAACACUGGUAGAUCGAGGAGACAAGUACUGGUCUUCUGCCUCCUACAACUACCUGAGGCUGGUGAUCAGAGACAUCACUGCCGAGGAUUCUGGGAGCUACAUCUGCAUUGUUAGUAACACAUUGGGUACCACAAGGUCAUCAAUACACCUCAAUACUAUGGGUAAAGCAGAUUCCACAUAUAAAGUCAUCUUUUGGGUUGCGGUAGCAUGCAUUUUACUGCUGAUCGGAACCAUCGUUGGACUCUUCUAUUGGAAAAAAGAGAAGGAAAUGUUGAUUCUGAAAACAGACAACGAGUCCAUAGAAAUGGACGACAAGGAAACCAAGCAGGCAUCUAGCCUCCAUGUGAACUCGGCUCUACCCCCGGGGAUCUGCAGGCGCAUCUCGACAAUGGAUUUCUGCUGGACCUACAUCCCUCUAAGCCCCGAGGAACUGCAGGUCCCAGCUCACAAAUCCAGCCAGUGA